UACUAAUUAGUUUACUAGCUUUGAGCUCUGUCAGUUGGUCGGAAAGUGAUUUUUCUUUAACACGCAUGAAAUUGUUGUGCAUUGCUAUUAUAAUAGUACAAAACUAAACAUUGAUAUAGUUUAAUAAGUACUCAUCAGUAAAAGAAACUUGUCCCAUCCCAUGAACUUUGGUAGUACAUGAGUACUUCAUGAAGAUAUAAUUGAAUGAUAUUUCAACCAAACAAAAAAAGAAUUGAAUGAUUUUGAUAUAGUUUAGGGGUCGUUUGGAGAACGAAAUUUAUGGCUUGGAUUCAUUGAAUUCGCAGAAUUUGUAAAAAGUUAAGUUUUUUUUUGUUACUUUUUGUAUUGUGGAUUUUAGUUUUAUAGAUUUCAAAUCUCUAGAAUCUAUCGAUAUCAAAUCUCUCAUAAUCAGAGAGAUUAUAUAUCUUGAUUCGUGAAAUUUAUUUCCUCAUACUCUUUCUCUUUUUUAAUCAUUUAUCAUAUUAAAUAUAUUUAUUAACAAUUUUUUAAAUAUUUCGUGAACCACUCUUAUUUUUUUAUUAAGGAUAAAUAUGUUAUUUAAUAUAAAAUUAAAAAUAAACUACUCUUUUAAUAUAGACCAUUAGAUCUACGAAGGAAAGAUAAUAAAGAAAAAUGAAAAGAAAAAAAUUAAUAAAAAAUCUGAUUGGUGGGAGGGCUAUAGAUGCGUAGGAACUAGGAAGGCUAGAAUUUCGAAAUGGUGAAAGUAUAAAUGGAGAAAUUUUUUAUUAUAUUCUAUAGAUAGAUAGAUAGAUAGAUAUCAAUAGGGUUAGAGGUAUAAUAUGCUCUAUACUAUGACGUUUUAUCAACCAUGCCCCUCUACUAUUUUUUACAUCAAACAUGCUUCUGUAUUUUGAAAAAAUUAUCAAACAUGCUCUUAUGUUUAAAUUUCCAUUGAAAAAAAUCGGCAAUCAUGGUUGAACCGAGAUUUAGACGACUCGACAUUGGCAAAUAGGAGGGAAAAUGUCAGUUUUGUUCCCCGUUUUAUUUCUACGGGUCUCUUCAAAGUCAAAUUAUUUGAAUUAUUUGGCUAUACUAAAGAACAAAAAAAAAUCUAAAGUGGAAUUAUUAGGGAUAUUUUAAACAUUUGUGCCACCCAAAGCAAAGUUCGACCUUGGUUAACGGGUUUUUGAUGAAAAGUUUAACAAAAGGGCAUGUUUGAUAAUUUUCACAAAGUACAAGGACAUAUUUGACGUAAAAAAUAAUAAAAAGACAUGUUUAAUAAAACGUUAUAGUAGAUAUAGAUAGAUGACUAUACAAAGCCGCCUGAGAAAUGGCAUGCCGUUCUAACUCCAGACUCCAGAGCUAUAUAUAUGAACCAUCUCUAGAGCCUCAUUCUCCAAAUCAUUUCCCAAAAAUGGAGAACGACAGCAACCCAUCUCCAGUCCUCUACGACAUCAUAAUCCUAGGAGCAUCCGGAUUCACGGGCAAAUACGUCGUAAGAGAAGCACUCAAGUUCCACAACUCCCCAUCUUCCCCUCUCAAAUCCUUCGCCAUUGCGGGCCGAAACCAUUCUAAGCUCACCCAAACCCUGAAAUGGGCCGCCGAGCCCAACUCUCCACCUCCGUCCAUCCCAAUCCUCACCGCCGACACCGCCGACCCUGCUUCCCUGAGCCUGCUCUGCUCUCAAACCAGGCUCAUUCUCAACUGCGUCGGCCCCUUCCGCCUCCACGGCGACCCUGUCGUUGCCGCCUGCGUCAAGGCCGGCUGCGACUACUUGGAUAUCUGCGGGGAGCCGGAGUUUAUGGAGCGGAUGGAAUACAGUUACCACGACCAAGCGGUUGAGAAGGGUUCGUUGGUUGUUUCGGCUUGUGGGUUCGAUUCGGUCCCGGCUGAGUUGGGUUGGAUGUUUAACUCGAAGCAGUGGGUUUACCCGGCUGUGCCUAACCAGAUUGAGGCUUACUUGAGCUUGGAAUCGGAUAGAGACAUUGUUCUCAAUUUCGGGACUUAUGAAUCGGCGGUUCUUGGUGUUGCCAACAUGGACAAAUUGCUAGAGUUGAGGAGAUCCAGACCCAGAAGGUCCAAGCCCAAGAUUCCGGGGCCAUAUCCUAAUAAAGGACCAACAAUAGAGUACCAAAAUGAGUUUGGUCUUUGGGUGAUAAAGCUUCCAUCGGCGGAUACUGCAGUUGUAAGUAGAACGCUUGCAACACUAACAAAACAUCCUCAUGGUGUUCCAGGGGCUAAAGAGAGUGAUGAAGGAACUGAGAAGAGGAAGAAAUUUUGGUCGGCCACGAAGCCUGCUUAUUUUGGACUGAAGUUGGGGUCUAACUGUCUGUUGGGUCUCUUCCAGUUUAUUACUCUUGGUGUCUCUAUUGGCUUCUUGGGCAGAAGUUCUAUUGGAAGGUGGUUACUCCUAAACUUCCCAUCAAUUUUCAGCCUCGGAUGGUUCAGCAAAAAGGGUCCUUCCGAGGACGAGGUUGCGAGUGCUUCGUUCAAGAUGUGGUUCGUCGGACGAGGAUACAGUGACUUGAAUCGAAGGACGUCGACAGAAGUUGGGGAAAAGAAGCAGGAGCCCGAUGCGGAGAUCAUAACAAGGGUCAUGGGUCCUGAUGCGGGCUAUUCGACAACCCCUAUCAUCUUGCUACAAUGUGCUCUGAUUGUUCUCGAUCAACGUGAGAAUUUGCCCAAAGGAGGAGUUCUCACUCCAGGGAUUGUGUUUGGUCCGACGAAUCUUCGAGAGCGUCUCCAGCAUAAUGGGAUUUCUUUUGAUGUCAUUUCGAGGAGAAUUGUAUCUACCAAGUGACGAGGGCUCUAAUUCAUCCUUUGAUUGAGUGAGAAACUAUUUAUCUCCAAGUUUGGUCUUGUCCAUUUUAAGUUACUCGAAUAGGUUGAUAGUUUUUGGGCUUUGUAGUUUGUGAACUAUUCUAUCUUUAAAAACUAGCUUUGUACUUGGCCGAUUGAGUUUUGGUUAUUUAGGUUAAUCAAAUAAUCUUGCGACUUUAAUUGUUUUAAUUCACUCUUUGAAAAAUAUAUGUGAUCUCUUGCAUGCAAAUUGAAUGAAACAUUGACUUGAAA